UGACUUUUCUGCUUAAUUUGCAGUUUUAGUGUCAAUCUUGUGUGUGUUUGCUGCACUCUCGGGACAAGGUGAUGUAACUACAGGGUUGAGCCAACUUGAGACUGACUACUGUAAUUCUACAGCCUACAAUCCUGUAAAUCAGAUUUGCUGUAAUGGAAGCAUUCAUGAUCGAAGCAGUGCUCACACAAAAUGCUGUGGCCAAGUCAUGUACCUAACGACAACUCAUAUUUGUUGUGGUGGCAACAAAAUGCUUGAACUGAAGAAAAAUCUUUCUUGUUGUGGCGGUAAUUCAUUUAACAAGACGUUCCAGUAUUGCUGUUUAACAAACAACAAUGUUGAAGUGAGGCUCAAAAAUCAACCUUGCCAUUCACCACCUCCAACAGAAGCUGGACCCUCAGAGUAUGUCAACUGCUCAGGUGUACUGUACAGGAGGGGAUCAGGUCUUAAUCAGUGCUGUGGUAAAGAUGUCUACAGUCUAACAGAUGACAAUGUGCUGUGCUGUAAUGGAAUCCUUUAUCGCAAUGUGCCUGAACAGUCAGAGUGUGUCGGAGGUGUUAUAUAUACUCAAAACCAGAUUAAGAUGUUGACUUGUGGCUCGGAAGUCUAUGACCACAAAAAACAGCUGUGCUGCUCAGGUCAUCUCUACAACAAAAUUAAAGCAGAAUGCUGUGGAAACCUCUUGCUGAAAUAUAAUAACAAUCAAAUUUGCUGUUCCUCUUCAACCCAUGCCAUGAUUUAUGAUACCAAACAAGAGCAUUUGUGCUGUGGGCAUUACUACUACAACACGUCCCUGUGGAGCUGCUGUGCUGAACAUCUCAAACCAACACCAAAGACAGACAGUUAUCCACCAGAAUACAGACUUAAACCACUAACGGACCUGAUCCCUGACAUAUGCCAUAAAACAGUGCUCUUUGGCAAAGUGGAGAGUGUGGUACUUCGCCAAAAAUGGCGUGACAUUGUGUUGAGAGUCAUUGUGGCGGUCAGCGAGUUAUCACAAGGGACUUUACUCCAUGUGUCCCUGGAUCACUGCAGUUCUCCUGCGCUAGAAAACAGCAUGACUUACCUUUGGGAGGAAAACAACAGGAAGUACAAGCCUCUCUCCAUCCCUGUUGAUGUAACCUCUGACAUUCACAUGUUCUUUACAGCAUGUGACCUAAAUCUCAUGCAGGCCUUAAAGCGGAGUGUCAACACAUGUUCACACAUGCGCCAUAUUCACGGUGUAUUUUCAAUGCAAGUACACUUUUAAAGAGAAUCAUUUGACCUAUCGGUAAGCCCCAUCCCCCUUAUUUACUGUUGUGAACUUGGACAAACAAAUGGAGUUGCUAACUGUCUUACAAUGACAUGCAGUGUCAAUGUCAAAACCUUGUCCCGAGAUGUUUUAGAUAAAUUUUGUACACAGAAGGAUCAGCAUUCACAUGGGACAUAAAUAUGUCAUAGAGGGAUAUAAAAAAUAUUUUAAAAUAAAUAUUGUGGGUAUUAAUUUGGAAGCAAGGUUUUACAGAUCACAAUGCAAGCAAGAGAAGCCUCGUGUUACGGUCGUCACAAUUGCUGAUGACAACAUCUAGGAUUCAUGUACCACAGGAUUAGAUUAAAUUAAUUUACCUUUGACCAGUUAAUAUGGAGAGGCACUAAAAUGUAGAUCUUCAUUUAAGUGUUUUUGACCUACGCUGUACGAGAUGUGAGAACAGUUAUCUAUUUAGGGUGGUACGUUAGCAUGGCAUCACUAACGUUAGCAAGUUUUAGCCAGAGAUACCUUGCUGAAAAGCACAAAAUGACAUUAGCGUUCUGCUUGAGCAGAUGAAAAUACUAACUUUAUGAGAGUAUGACAACAGUGAAAAUGAAUGUUUUCGUCUUCAUUAGGAUUGGGGUUGAAUGCUUAGGGACAUUUUGGUCUGUUUUGUUUGUUUAGGAAAUGGAAUAAAAUAAAUUCUAUUUCCCAUCCUCUCAGACUACCUGUAUGUGAUGAGUGGGGCAGGGCCAAGAGCCGUGGGAAUGGAGCGAGGCCGGUGGAGUAAAUGAUAAAGAGUGAUACCUGCACCACUCACCGUUCUUGAGUCCCACAGAGGAGCUCCAGAAGGAUAAAAGGAGGAGUGACAACAAUUAAAGACAAGAGAGGACCAGGCCUCGCUCUGUUCCCACGGCUCUCAGUCCCGCCCCACUCGUCACACUGGAAAUAAUGUUUCAAGUACACCAGGCACACAGUUUUUCCAUUUUUGUAGCAUUAACACCAUUAAAUCACUGAGAGCUUCAGAUCUUACAAUGUCUCUCUAUGGCGCUGAAACCUAAAGAUGUCUGAGUUCCGGUCCCUGUGCAACUGAUACUCAACUGCCAUUGGCUCCCUGCAUGGGAGGGGCUUACCAAUAGGUCAAUUGCAUCCUUUUUUUAUUGACAUUUUACCUUUUAUACACAUAAUAUUUUACAUAGUGCAUUUAUUUUAAUAAGAUUUCAAUAAGAAUGUUUUUAAUCAAUAACCAAACAUCUGUUGGUUUAUUAUUUAUCAGUCAGGUAACUUUAAAAAUGUUAAGCUAUUAUAUAAAAAAAAAAUCGACCACAUGAUUUUCUCCUUUCAAUAUUUCAAUAAACCUCAGGUCUGUUCUAUUUUAGCGGCAAGGAUAUACAAUCCGAGUGAAAAAAUGCUUUUUUGGUGUCAUUUAAAGGAAGGAGAUGUUUAUUAAAAGCAUUACAAAACAUUUCUUCAGUCCUAAUUCAUCAAUUUAAAUACAAGUACAUUACAAAUUUUGCAUAUUAGCGCAACCAUACAUUUGUUGUAGCAAUACAUUUGUUACUUGAACGAUUAUACUCAAUAAUGUAUCUUAUGAGAAUAUGCAUUAUAUUCACUUCAUCUGUUUUAAUUGUGCAGCAUAUUAAAUGAUCUAAAGGAUCCUCAAAUGCAAACUGUGUAUGUUUUGCUUCAAGAGAGCAACCAUACAUUUGUCUUGUGUUUCAGUUUCUUUUCCUUUUAUAUUCAUUUAUUCUUCAUUCAUUCAUUCAGUUAAAAUCAUUUAUCAUUUAAUCAUUAUAUUAUUAAAUGUAAUCAUGUAAUCAUUUAUAAUAAUUAUUAUUGCCAUUUAUGUACUAAUUUCACUGAUUCAUUAAUUAAUUAGUCAUUAAUAAUAAAUAGUUUUUUAAUAUUAUUUUUCAAUUGUUGUUUAGUCUUAUAAUGUGUGAUUUCAAGGGCUAUUUGUCUUCACGAAUAAGAGAUGAGAGGAAAUGUUUAUGGAAACUCACGGUUUAUGGGAUCAUGCUGUGAAGCAAAUGGUAUAACACGACUUGUUGGAUUUGUGUUCGUCAAACGAAGUCUGAGCAUAUUCAAUAAACUCUACUCCUGUUUAUCAUCA